AUGCGCUACAACAACAACAACCUCCUCCUCUACGUGCUGACAGUUACCACGGCUGUGCCAGUUGCUCUGGCAUUGCUGGAUCCCCGCCAAACCCCCGUCCCAGCGAAUUCAACCACCGUCGAAGAGAAACGUCAGAUCCCCCCUGGAACGGCUUGCGACUGCUACAGCGUCUCAGGACCGGACCCUGGAUACUUUCAGCAUCAUCACUUCUGGGACUUUCGGCAGGUACCGCUCAAUGCUCUCACUGCUAAAGGCUUCCAGUUUCAACCCGCAACACAAAGCGCAGAUGCCGCAAACCUAGCCCAUGAACACAAUGCCGUGCCUGUGCUCCUCAAGGACACGCCUUUCGCGAACGAUUGGCUGAUCCAAGAUUGGCAUCGCAGCGCCUCUGCCCUCUUCCCAGUUCCCAUAGCAAACUCGAAUCAGAAUGUCUUUCUGACCAGGUCUUUGGCCGGCGGCUCCAGUUUCCUUGCUAUGCGAACUAAGAGAUUCGAAACCUACUCCUCGACUGCAGAAAUCGAGACGAGCUUCUCCACAUUUAUGCAUGUCUCUUUCCGAAUUCGACUUCGUAUUCUUGGACAUGAUGAACCGAUUCUCUCACCGCCACUGGUAGAAAACAAGAUCUUCGGCAAGGGAAGUGAAGAGACUAUGGCGAUAGCGAGCACUGCUAUCGAGCAAACCCCUCUCAUCCAGCGCGUUGCAUCACGAUUGCCACCUUCAGUAGGUGCAUGCGUCGGAAUAUUUACAUUCUUCUCUACUACUAGUGAAUCGGACAUUGAAAUCUUAACUUCAGAUCCGCCGAACCGCGUGCACUAUGCAAACCAACCCGACUACGACCCAGUGCGUAACAUAGUCAUACCAGGCUCUCAAGUAGCCGUGGAUGCGCCUGUCCCGUGGACAACAUGGUCUACUUAUCGACUCGACUGGUUUCCGGGAAUGUCUCGCUGGUACGUUGAAAACCAGCUGCAAGCCAGUCUCGCAUAUGGGGUUCCAGUUGAUCCAAGCAGAAUGAUCAUCAACCUGUGGAGUGACGGUGGCUUGUGGUCUGGCAAUUUGACUGUUGGUGACAGCGUACAUCUAGGCAUUGAAUGGAUCGAGAUAGCCUACAACUCGACCGGCGAGGCACCCAGGCCUUGCAAUGUAGUCUGCCGUAUCGACGGUGUCGCGAACCCAGGUGUACCAGAGAUGUGA